CUCGGGGGACGGAAUUCAGUGGUCGGGCGCCAAAACAAAGAUGCAAAGAUAGAGGAGGCUGUCCUUGUGUCUUUCAGAAGGAAUGCAAAGUCCACGCAGUCUUUAUGGAAUGACUUUAAAGAGCAUUUCAUCCCCAAGACUUUGUGAAGGUCUGAUUUUGCAGGACCUGAGUGGAAUUUAUCAGGGAUACGAGAGUUAAGUCCCCUACUCUUUCGAACAGUGCCAGGGGAUCUUUAAUGGCUUCAGGCUGGACAUCUCAUUAUAUUACAGGAACACUUUAUGUUGUUUUCCAAUUUUUUAACAGUAGGUAAAGGUAUUCUGUUAGCCAUUAGGCAUUUUAAUUCAUACACCUAGCGGUGAAGAUGUGUAGCUAUGGUUUCAUGAGCAUUUUAUCAAACAGUGUUAUAAUGUGGUGUAGAUAAUUAGGCCUGCACUAUUCCUGUUAACUCUUCGGUUAACACUGGGGCUUGCGCUGAAAGAGGGAGCACACUUCUUUUUCCUUUUCAGAAGGGCAGAGAAAAUCGGGCAUUUUGGUCACAUUGAUGUUCCAGAUGAGUCACUAGCCCACUGUGACUGGGAUUCUCCCUUCUUUGUGCCCCCCUGCUGUUGACUGGGAGUCAGCCGGCGUUCCACCUCAAUUUCACAUCCCAGUACGAUGGUUGUAGCUUUGAAGUAUGUCGAUAAACAAGUGCUUAUUUCAUGCUGGGAAGCUAUACAAUAUAAAAAAUGAUUCCGACUUAAAAUAUAACAGAAAAAAGACGGGGCUUCUUGAGCUGUCUAGAAAUGGAUUUCUUAGUUUACUAACCAGUAUUUCUGAGUGGGGUGUUGGGGGUGAUUGAUUUGAGCCAAGGCUCUGAUUGCCCUGCAGUUACAGAAAACAGGCAUGCUUUAGCUGAAAGGUUAGAAUUAAAACUUGCUUACCCAAAACCUACAGGAAUGAACUGACUUGGUUGACAAAGAUUUACGGUAUGGCUAAAACACACUUCUCUUUACUCUCCCUGCAGCUCACAGAUGGCAGCCCACUGGAGCUCCGCAGGUGUGAGCCUGGCCAGUACCUGGGAAAGCUAAGGUUGCUGCUGGAAAAAGGUGAACAGGAGAUGGCUGACCCUGGAAUGCAACAGGUGUCAGAGAUCGUGCUGGUCCACAUUAAAGAGGAGUUCGCGCCUCUCGACGGCGAAGUGGUGAAACACCAGCAUGACUGUGCGGCACAGUCAGAGGAAACAUCCGAGCUCCUCUAUACGAAGGGAGAGCUCCUGAAGGACUCCUUUCGUGUUGCCAAGGUCACAGACCCGGACCUUGGCUUGCCCGUCAAGGACGUGAGGGUGUGUAAGACGCUGCCCUUUCCCGGGACAGGUUCCACUCAGGACAGUGGCGACGCGGGAAGCCGAGAGCCGGGCGACCGCAUGGAUCCGGCGGCAGAGAAGCCCUUUCCUUGCAGCCAGUGUGCGAAGAGCUUCAGCAAAUCAAAAAGGCUCAGAGAGCACCAGCGGGUCCAUCUGGGGGAGAAGCCCCACCUCUGCCUGGAGUGCGGCAGGAGCUUCGCCGCCCUGUCGGAGCUGAGGAAGCACCAGCGCAUCCACACGGGCGAGAAGCCCUUCCGCUGCUCCGAGUGCGCCAGGGGCUUCAACCGGCUGAGGAACCUGCGGCGCCACUACCAGGUCCACACGGGCGAGACGCCCUUCCACUGCCCCGUGUGCGGCAACAGCUUCACCACCCUGGCGGUCCUGCAGCGGCACCAGCGCACCCACACGGGCGAGAAGCCCUUCCGCUGCGCCCAGUGCCAGCGCGGCUUCCGGCAGGUGGGCCACCUGCAGUCGCACCUGCGCACGCACUCUGGCGAGAGGCCCUACGGCUGCGCCGACUGCGGCAAGAGGUUCAACGAGCUGGGCUCCCUCAAGAGGCACCGGCGCACCCACACGGGGGAGAAGCCCUACUGCUGCGCGCGGUGCGGGAAGAGCUUCAUCACGCUGGCCGAGCUCAGGCGGCACCACAGCACCCACACGGGGGCCAAGCCCUUCGAGUGCGCCGCGUGCCGGAAGAGCUUCAGCCAGCUCAGGAACCUCAAGAGGCACCAGCAGAUCCACACGGGGGACAAGCCGCACCCCUGCGCGUCCUGCGGGAAGCGCUUCAUCACGUCCUCGGACCUGAAGCGCCACCGCCAGCGCGUGCACGCGGCCGAGGCGCCCCAGGCGGGGCUCGGCGUCAGAACGGUUGUCGUCGGUUAAGCGAAACUGGCCGGGGCGUGUGGAGUGGAGAGGCAGGGGCAAGCCAAAGUCCGGACGAAACUUUCUGGAGAACGUUUAUUAUCGUUUUUCCAUCCUUCAUUGCCCUCUCUGUAUAAUUCUGCAGAAAGUCCGGGUUUCUCAAUGGAGACAGUAUCCGUUACAGAAUUCCAGGGAUUUCGAAUUCCUCUCCUCUGCAGGCACACAGACGGACAUGCGAACUGCCUCGGUCAUUUGCUCUAUGGGGAGAAACCAGCAGAUUCAGAGCUAACACCUGUUUCCCCAGCUUGGUCUUGAUCAAGUUUUUAUUGAUCUUUAAGGCAGCCCUGCCAAGAACUGUUUCCUUUCCCUUCAAAUAAAUGUGCAGGUUGCUAAGAAAA